AUUAAUCAGGAAGUGAAGUGCCGUUGACUACAGAUUUCUGACACAUUGCGUUUCACAGGAGUAACUAAUCUCAUCAUGAGUAGAGUCUACUACAUCCUCAGUGCUGCUCUUUUUGUGUUAGAAAUCCCAGAGACCAAGGCGCUGCUAGAAAACUCCAAUGACUGUUGUAAAAGAAUAAAGAGAAUGAAUGAAACCUGUGUGAAUAUUACACUCUGUGAUCCUGGACUCCUUCAAGUUCAGGAGAACAGUACAACUUUUUGUGUUUCCUGCAAUUCAACAGAGCAGGGGAAUUCAUCUUUACUGAACAAUACAAGGACUAGUCAUAUUCUAGUACCUUUAUUCUCAGUGAUUGGUGGUCCAGGUGUAGCAGCUUCUGUCCUUCUAGGAACUCUUCUGAUCAGCCUGUGUCUCAUCCUCUCGGUUGCAUCUUUCUUUUACCUGAAGCGUUCCAACCGCCUCCCUGGUGUCUUCUACAGCCGCAACAAGGAUUUUAUAUUCCAACCAAGUGAGAGGGCUGUCAUGAUUCCAGAAACUACAUCUUCAGUCCGCAAGCCAAGAUAUGUUAGGAGGGAGAGGCCAUCAUCAGCAUCCAGCAGUGCUACUGUGGCGACGGGAGCAGUAACCAAGGUAUACAAUGUGUGACCAGCCUUCAUGGGCCAGCUAUGAGGAACCUUUUAAAACAUGGGUCUGUCCCAAAGCACUAUUUUCUUAUAGGAUCGCCUUUUUUGUGAAACUUUUUCUUUGUUGGCUACAUGAAGAAGUGACAUGUCUUGAUGUAGGAUUUAUCUUUCUUAAUUUCUUUUCUUUUCACUGAAGCAAAUUAUUUAUUUAUAUUUAUAUAUUUUUCACACAAUGCAUUGUUCCCCUUUUUUUUUUUUUUUUAAGAGACCAGGUGUUGCACUACUAGAGUAUUUUUGAUUGUUGAGCUGUAAUUAAGUCUAGUAAGUUGUUCUUGAAAGAAUUUUGUAAUAUUUAUAUUUGUUAGCAGUAUUUUUGUGUGAUAUUGUACUUUUGAAUCUUGUGACAUUGUAACUAGGAUCCAAAACAGGACUUCCGGAGUUAGUCAUGUUUGCACACUACCAGCUCCUCCCACUUCAAGUAAAAAAAAGAAGACAUUCGCAUAUUUACUAUUCAGUUGAAAUCUUUGUUUUUUACCUGUAUACACAAAUAUAUUUUCUAUGAAUCCUGUACCAUCUCCACAAAUUUCAUUAGCACAUAUUAAUGCCGUAUAAAAUACCCUAGUAUUGAAAGAACUCCCACCCUAAGUUCUUAUUUAUAAAAUGACAUAGAAUUAACAGAAAACAGCAUACCUCCAGUUGGGGCAUUUUAGAACAUAAACAUAAAGGUCUUCAGAUCCAUAUUGACUCCAUUUAACCCACAGGAGUAACUAAUCUCAUCAUGAGUAGAGUCUACUACAUCCUCAGUGCUGCUCUUUUUGUGUUAGAAAUCCCAGAGACCAAGGUAUCUCUUGUCUUUUCUCUUCAGGAAUCUUUGGAAUAAUUUCACAUAUGUGAGAGCCAUAACUAUUGUGAAUACAUUGGUUGCUGUAAAUCCAUGCUCUAAAACUCCAUUUAAGAUAAAUAAUGAUAAAUAAAAAUUUGCUAGGCCUUAAAGUUGUGAACUUGCUAUAAAUACACUAUAUACAAGCAAGGAAUUGUUGCAAAACACAGAACUAUUUAUCCCAUCUUUCCAUUGUACAAGACAAAGUGCCAUUAAGUGACCUACAAGACCUACAGUCAACAUUUUUGAUUUUGGAAAUUUUACACAAAAUUAGAAUGUCAAAUUCUGAAAGAACUCAAUUAAGUUUAUCUUGUUUCUUGGUUGGACAAAGCAAAAUGCUUGAUAUCACUGUAGUGUUAUAAAAGGAGUAAUACACUGGUAUUUCUAUAUAAGGAGACCGGAGAAGUCCGUUACCUUUGUUUUACUUUAUUUUGUAGAUGUUUUUGCAAAUAGCGGCCUUUAAAAUGCCAUAUCAUCCCCCAUGCCUAUAUAUAUUUUGAUGAUUUUCAGUGUAGUUUUUAGGUUUUCUCAUUUGUAAUAAUGGUUCUGUUUAUUUAAAGUAUUAUUAUGGUUUUUCUACACCUUUUCUAUUUCAUUUUGGGAAGAGUAUUUAUUUGAACAUUUUUAUUGUAAAGUUUAAAAUCUUUAGUAUGCUGGAUUAACCGAAAGCAAGGAUUGUUUACUUUAGGUGGAGGUAAAUGAUGUGGUUUCACGGGGAUACAUCUGUGAUACUGGUUUAAAUUCAACUUCUUUCUCAUGUCAUUUUAUUGGCUGUUGUGCAGCAACUGGAAAGCAUGUCAAUAGAUUUUGUAUAUGAAUUACAUUUCGAUGGGUGUUGAUUAUGAACUCUUUUUUUUUGUAUGUUGAUGUCCUGACAGAGUAUUAAUCACAUAUUGAAUUAUAUUUGAUGAAGAUUUCAGUGUUUACAGAAAUAAAAAAUAUUUUGAUUUAUGAGA